AUGGAAGCUGAGGAUGGAACUAGCAACGGUGAUAACGGUGAACGGACUGGGUUGGAUAGGAGGUCAAAUUCUCGAGAUGGAGAUGAUGGGGGGAGAAUUCAAGGUGGAAAUGAGGUCGCGGGAGGUGAAGAAAGUCAAGGCUUGAAGGAUGAAACUAUAAAUAAUGGGGUUGUGAUUGAAGUUGAAGAUGUUCAGGGUUUGAAUAAAGCUGUAGAUAAUAGGGUGGCAAUUAAAGGUGGGAAUGGUGUUGCUGAAGGUGAAGAAGUUCGGGGCUUGAAGCAGGAAGCUGUAAAUAAUUGGGUGACACAUGAAGGAGGAAAUGGUGUUGCUAAAAGGAAAGAAGUUUGGGGUUUGAAGAAUGCAACUGUAAAUAAUGGAAUGGUUCUUGAGGGUGGAAAUGGUGUUGCUAAAGGUGCAGUUUGGGCCUUGAAGAAUGAUGUCAUGAAUAGCAGGGUUGUAAUUGUUGAUGGGAAUGAUGUUGCUGAAUACGUUUUGGGCUCAAAGAAUGAAGUUAUAAAUAGUGGGGUGGCAAUUGCUGAUGUGAAUGGUGUUGCUUACAGUGGAGAAGGUCUGGGCUCAAAGAAUGAAGCUGUAAAUAAUGAGGUGGUAAUUGCAGACGGGAGUGAUGUUACUAAAGGUGAAGAGUACCGGUUGAAGAAUGGAAGUGUAGAUAAUGCAGUGGCAAUUGCAGAUGGAUUUGGUGUUGUUGAAGGGAACACUUAG